AUGCAUCCACCAUCUCAACCCGCGGAGGCAGAGCAGCAGCAGAACGAUAUUGAGCUAGACUGGGCUGCCAUCAACGCUGUUGAUGAACGGUCUCUGAAUACACCAAAGCUAGGCCCAUCGCUGGACGUGUCUAACCUGUCCGCCCCGUUUCCCGUCUGGACUGGACAACAAGGGCUGUCAGAAAUUGAGGAAGAGUCGUUCGAUGUCGAAACCAUCCCAAUGGCUGGCCCCCCUCCAAGCAUCUCGAAUAUAUGGUUUCUGGGCGGGCAGGUUGCGACGUCACGCUCCAGUCAUAAGUGCACUGCCCCAGCCUCACUCGAGCCACGCCCGCCUCGUCGGAUUUUUCAGCGGCGACACAUACUCCGAAACUGUGCGCUGAGCAGUGUUAUUGUAGGGCAAUUGACGAGUUUUCCCAAGAUGCUGAUCCAGGGACAACAUCUGCCGCCAUUUAUUACACCGCCAUGCCACGUGCAUGAACAGCUCGCGUUUGACUGUGCGAAGAGCGGAAGACAUCAAUGUCUAUUAAAAGAACUUGCAAUAUGUGCUGGUCUGGUAGAGAUGUUCUUUUCUCGGACACCACAAAACGCCGACUUUGUCUGGAAAAUGAUCUAUGCCGAGAGAGACCGACUUCGCCGCGAGCAUGAAAGUUUUGAUAUAUACCACCAGUUAGCAGCUCUACAAGCUGUAACGAUUUAUAUACUGCUCCAAACUCAGGACCCGGAGAGCGGCGACAGUAACGAAACUGAGUCUAUGUUAAGGACUGUUCUUGAAAUUGCCAUGAGUGCCUCUGACAAAAACAAGCUAGAUACUGAAACCUUGCACCAGACACCGGCCCGGGAGCAGUGGGUUCACGAAGAGAGCGGCAGAAGGACAAUAACGGUGCUCUUGAUGAUCAAUCUGAUGCUGGAUUGCCUUUUAGAGCCCGAGAGAAACACAUACGAGACCUCAUGCCGCAACAACAUCGAAACAAUCCUGCUGCCAGCGACACGCGACCUGUGGGAAGCACCAACGAAUUUCAUCUGGCGCACCGAGUACGAACGCUAUCUAUCACGACGUAAGACGACAAAGACUCUAAAGGUGGGCGAUUUGCUGCGGCUGAACGAGGCUGGGAAUUUUCAGGACAUGUCAGUGUCGCACGGAGAUCUUGAUAUCGUACCGGAUAUUCUUGCUUGGUGUGAGGGUUUGGAUUCGCUGGGCUCGUUGCUUUGGAUGAUUGUACCUUUUCAGCAGUGGCGUAUGAAUCCUGGUGUGAACGAGGUUUGGUAG